UUGGCGGAAGUGAGGUAAGGCGGGCAGGCCGGAGGUGUGCUGGUCUUGGAGUUACUGCGCAGCGCCGCCGAUGAGAGCUUGAGCCCGGGGGUAAAGUCGAAGAGUGAAGCAGCGACCGUACCCGUAGCGGAACGGAGUAGAGUAGAACAGAGGCUCCAUCGCUGUGAUAGCUCCUCAGAAUAAAAACCAUGAACCCAGUCUAUAGUUCAGGUGCUUCAGGGGUUCCAUAUGCGAAUCCAAAAGGAAUUGGAUAUCCAGCAGGUUUUCCGGUUGGUUAUGCAGCAGCUGCUCCUGCCUUUACUCCUACUGUGUAUGCUGGUACAAAUCCAGCCUUCCCAACAGGUUAUACACCGGGCACACCUUAUAAAGUUUCAUGUUCUCCGACCAGUGGAGCUGUACCACCCUACUCCUCCUCUCCCAACCCAUACCAGGCAGCUGUAUAUCCAGUUCGAAGUGCCUAUCCACAACAGAAUCCUUAUGCACAGCAAGGCACUUACUAUACACAGCCACUAUAUGCAGCCCCACCUCAUGUAAUUCAUCAUACCACAGUUGUCCAGCCGAAUGGAAUGCCUGCUGCCAUGUACCCACAACCAAUUCCAUCACCCAGAGCAAAUGGUGUUGCCAUGGGAAUGGUAGCUGGGACCACUAUGGCAAUGUCAGCAGGCACCUUGUUGACGACCCAUUCCCCAACGCCAGUAGCUCCUCAUCCUGUUUCCAUGCCUGCUUAUAGGACUCCAGCAACACCGACUUACAACUAUGUACCCUCGCAGUGGUGAUCAAGCUGUCACUGGAAAAGUUGAAAGGUGGGAGAUAUGCAAUCAAACAAGUUUUAACACUUGGUGCUGAUUCCCACAUGCCUCCAACCAGGAUCCUUCCUUCCAGUUCAUCAAUGCUCUCAAUACUUGCCAAACACUACCAAAAAUAACACGAAGAUUAUCGUGGCUGCAUAUCUUGCAUCUUGGAACUCAGCAGUACUCAAGUCAUGAAAAACCUGUUUUGUGGACUGUCUUGCAAUUUUAUAGAUUAUACAAAAGGGAGUAUACGUAUAUUUGGAUUCAUAUCUAGUUCAAUGCAUGUUACAAAUGCUUGCUCAAAUCUACCUGCAAUGACUGAUGCAAAACCAUCAUAUGAAAAAUCCAAAGGAACUGAGAUACAAAAAUUUGCAACUUAAUUUCAAUAAUGCAGAAUCAUUGUAUGUAAUGUCUCAAAAGAAAAUGCAAGUGAAUUUCUGUAACAGAAAGAAAAACUUCUGGCUGAUCUGUUAUGUUCAUUGUUUUUUUUUAAUGGGAACAGUUAAAUUCCUUUAGCUAGUGUAUCAAUUUACUUUCUCGAGCAAUUGAUGCAUUUAGAGCACAGCACCUGGAGGUAGUGUUCCGGAAGGCAUGAAAUGAAGCCCGAAGGCAUUGACUUACCAGCCCUUUUUCAUUUAAAACUGCAUUAGAUCCAGUGUUAUAUUUGGGAGAGGCAACCAUAGGGAUUAAAGCAUGAUGGAUAAAGGAAAUGUACUAACUUCUAAAGAAUCAGAAAUGGCUAGUAGUAAGGUAAAAUAACAUAUUUUUAUAUUCUUUGAUUUAAUAUUUCAGUAACAUACACCUCUGACUUCAAAUCAUGUCACUUGAUGAUUUGUAGUUCAUGAAUUUGGAAGUCUUUAAAUAUUCACAUUUUGUUCACGUCUAAAUUUUUCACUUUAAAUUCAAGAUCACUGGUCAUUUGGGCAAUAGGUAAAUAAAAUUAUCAGUGCUUAAUACCAAUCCCUAAAUGGUAAUACUUACAGGAUUAGGAUCCUGGUUGUAAUAAGACAUUUAAAGGCCUUGAUUGUUCUGAACAUUAAGGGUAACAAAGGUGAUAUUGUUAGGUCCUCACAUAUAAUUUGAAUUAUCCAGAUCUGUUCUGUGUUUUCUAUCACAUCGGAUGACUUAAUUGUUUAAAGCAAGCAUGAAUAACAUUUUCAAUGGCAUUUAUGACUUCAUGAUUCCAAAUAUUCACACUAGUAUUAAACCAAAGGGGGUAAGUUUCAUGUUGCUGGUUUGAGGAAUCUAUUCGUUCGAAAUCUGACUUUUGCAGGGCAUGCUAGUUUCUGCAGCAAUUGUGAUGUGCAGAUUGUAACAGUUUAAAAACAGUUUUGUUGUUAAUGAUAAGAAAGGCAGGUAGUCUUCUUUUCAGCAUUUAAGAGCUUUCAUCCUGAUGUCUCUGUGCAUUUUAUUGCAGCAGACGAUUGAGUUCCCAUGACCUGGUAAUGUCAUCAUUGAGUUUUCUUUUAGACCAUAAACUGAAUAGUGCAAAUUGACAUGUCCUCUAAUGUUUCCUGUUUGGGCUAAUUGCCUUACCCAGAUGACUGAGUUAAGGUAUAGACCCUACAGAAUUGGAGGAAUACUUGGAGGGGAAACAGAAGCUGAGGAACUUGAUUAAUAGUAACCAUGUAAAAAUCCUGAGUCCUGUUGCAUUUUUGAUGGGUAACAAAAAAAAAAGCAGUCAUGCAGAUUUAAUGGGCUCAGUUAGUAAAUUCACUGGUACAUCUUUUGAAAAUGACAAGAUUAUUUGGGUGGGUCAAGGGUUUAGGAUUUUUUUUGUGUAUAUAUUUCAUAGGACCUAACACUUUCAAUAAAGAAUGUUUGUUUUAUAACAUCAGGAAAAAAAAGAGUAUAAUGUUACCCUUUAAGAGAUUAAUAAUGAUAAUAGCCUUCAUUUAUCAUGAAGUGUCAUUUCAGAAGUGGCCCUAGACCCUAGCAAAUUCUAAUUGAUGAUUAAAAUGGUCUUGCAGUGCAGUAGAGGGCAUACAACUGUCUUCCUUUAUGUGGGUGAGAUAUGAUUGAUGUAGGGAGUUUAACAGGUUGCUGCUGGUAUCAUACAUGAUGCAUAAAGGAUCCAAAAUUCUGUGGGAUUGUUACUUUCUAAACUCUUGUCAGAUUCUACGUGAAUUAGCACAAAUGGAGGAAAUUAGUCGUGGAAACCAUUUAUGUAGAGGAGUUAGUCAGUUAAUGAAUUAGAAUUGUUUUGAUAGUAGCUAGCAAAGAAGUAUUCAAGGGGAACAAGCACACAACUUUUAGACUCAAAUCUUUCCUAUUCCAUUUUUCUAUAUUGAACUUUUAUAAUUGAUUUAGCAUGUAUGUUAAUUUCAUGUUUAAAAUACUCCCGAGACCAGUUCUUCAACACUUUUUGGAUAGUCAGCGCAUUACUGCUGGUAAUAGUAAUGGUCAAGGCAUUUAACUUCCAAAAAUAGAGCAUUAUGUAACUUAAUGGUUUGUCGUGAACUCAUUUAACAUCUAGUUUUGCAGACUGCAAAAAUGGAAUACUUCAGACCUCCUAUGUAGCUGCAUUUCAGAAUGGCGGUGUGUGUGUUGAUGGGACCUGAAGUUCUUUUACAAACCUUAUAUUAAAAUGGCACAAACAAGGAAGUAAUUUUAUGAUUGUAAUUCUAUUCUUGAUUCCUCUUCAGUUUGGUGAGUUAGAUAAUGAAGUCUUCACUCAUUUUUCAUCGUGAGAUUUCUGUGAUGUUCGCAGGCUGUUUCUACCUGGUGUUUACAGGACUUGGAAACAAAUAUAACUAAAAUGAAGUGAUCUUUAUUUAGGAAAGCUGUACUGUGGCUUUUUAAAAUCCUUGAACUUUCACAGUUACAGGCUAAAUUAACUUUACAAAAGAUUUCCCGAUUUUAAAAAAUAUGUCGUGUUUUCGGUGCUCGUUCUUUUAAAGAUUUAGUAGUUUAAAAUUUUACAUGAAAAGUGAACAUAAUUACCAACCUGAAACCAACACUGUACACUGGACUAAUGCUUUAAUUUCCUCUAAAAGAAAUGCAUCUCCAAUGAAUUCUAUAUCAACCCACCAACUAAACUAAUAUGUACUGAAUUUUUGGUCUUAACUGCUAUUGUGGCAUCAAUGUGGACAAUGAGUGCAGAAUGGAAAUUAGAGUGGUUUUUCAAAUAUGCAAUCCUUGCUUAGGCCACGAUCAUUUGGAAUCUAUUCUAGUUCUGUAGUAUUUGUUGCAUACCAGUGGUUAGUGGAUGAACAAGUUGUGAAGUUUAAAAAUAACAGUGCAAAGCAGCUUAGGCAGUGUUCAUAGAUUGUACACUUCCUUUAAUGUAUAUUUUAAGGAAAAAGAUAAUGGGCACUGAUGUGAAGGAAAAAAAAACCAUGGAAACCUAUCAAGGAUAAUGUUUAAAGCACUGUUUAAAUCUGGGAAUUUCUUCAUGUUACACUGCUGUACAUGAACUCGUGCUGAGUUUGACAUUUAGUUGCUUUUUUUAUUUUUUUAAAACUUGGCAGACCAAAUUAUGCUUUAUUGCACAUUAUAACAAAUCACUCUCAUUUGGUGCUUUAGCCACCCCCCAGUGUUCAUAUUUCUACUCACAUUUUGGUGAGUACUCAUUCAUACAAUUUUUUUUUGAAAAGUGUGGAUGGAAGGGAAUCCAAAAUUUAAUUUUCUUUUAGCAUCCAGAAACUUUUCAGGGGUCAUAUUUGAAAUUUGCAAAUGGAUGUACAACUUUACUGCACUUUGUAAUGCAUGCAGACUAGUUCUGAGCUACUGUUGUAUUUUUUUAUAUAUAAAGGAACAUGUAAUUUAAGCGGACUAAACCUUCUCCGCUGUCCAAAGGUUCUGUUUGAGAGAACCAAAUUAACUGACCCGAGUUAAGAUAUUGUACCAAUAACCUCAUGCAAUUUUGAGACUUUGAAAUAUUUUCAAACUGCUAUGGUGUAUGUGCUUUUGCUCAGAAACUGGAAAGGAACAUCUGAUGUUGAAUUGUCUGUAUAAACAUAAACAUGAUAUCUAAUUAAGUUUUCCUAUUAACCUAAUGCUUUGUUAAUUCAUUCUCUUAAACUUGGUUGUAUGUAUUCUUAUAGUGUCAUUUGGUAUUCAAUUAAAGUAAUUUGGCUUGAAUUGGGACAAAUACAGAAGUCAGCACAGAUUCCUGGGCAAAUGCAUAUUUGUGUUCAAACAUUUAAUAGUUGAGUUGACAUAUUCCAAAAUGUUAGAUUCCUGUCAAGCAACUGGAUGCUAUUUUUAUCGUUAAUUCUUCGUAUGGUGAUGGAGAGGGUCUUUUUUCUCUCUUUUGCUUUCUGAGUAUCAGUUGGGAUGCAGUAGUGCUUAAUCUGAAGAGCAGUCAGUUGUGAGAAUUUCCCCCGACCACCCUAUUCAUCCACCUCCUGCUUAAAUUCCCAUCAGAGCCACUGAGCCAGCAUACUCACAGCAGUUGAGAUGGACGUGAUCCAAAAUAUUUCCUCUCAUAAUAAGAAAUUGCAAUUUUGAAUUGCAGAAUUUUACUGAAUGAGUAGAUUUGUGUAUGGUGAUGUGCAGUAUAGUGCUGUAUGACAGCUUUUCUGUUCAAAGUAAAACACCAUAUUCAACACAGGCACAACAGAGUCACCAUAGAGAGUUUAUGUUUUUGUUAAGGGCACACUUUUAAAAAGAAAUUGACUAUUCAACACUAUGCUUAAUAAAUAUAAACAUAUUAUUUUGGUACUUAUUUAGUCUAGGUCAGUGUUGUCUUCCAAAAAGCAGUUUUAAAGCAAAGCACCGUUUUACAUUGGAUAACAUAAACAAAUUUUGACAUUUCCUUUCUGAGCCAAUUCAAUUAUGUGUAAAUUCAUACAUUGUUAUUUUUUUAAAAGCAAUCUGACAAGUAGGUGAGCUCAGAUUUAAAAAAAGAAACUUCAAGGCAUGUUUAUUGUAACAAAAAUUGUUAUGUAUUAAUACUUAAGUUUUCAAUAAAGAUUGACUUGUGUUGCUUA